GGUAGGCUGGCGGGUAGGCUGAGAGAGAGCGAGCGGGAGAGAGAGAGGCAUUGAUGAGGAUGAUGCGGGAUUCACCUGGUUUGAUAGAUACCAACAACAUGCUUCGGAUGAGAAAACCAGGUGUUGCGAUGACAGCAGCUUGGCCUGGAAUCGGUGGCAGGUGGAUGGAUUAACAGAGUUCUCUUCUUGGUGCUUGCCAGUCCCAUGGCUCUUUGGGCCAUCAAAGUGGUGUUGCCUGCAAAGGUGUACGUCAAUUCCUCGACCUGCUUCCGUCUCGUCUCUACCGCAUCGCUCACUCCCUCGCCACCUCAAGAGUAGUGCUAUCACACUGCCCCCUUGCAGAGGAUCUGACUGUGUGUGCGCACGCGUGUGUCUCUGUGUGUGUACGUUUGGUGGUGACUUGGAGGGGGGGGGGGGGGGCUUGGAUUGUGACAAUUGCCGAGGAUUCGAGUGGCGGCGUUAAGGCAAGGGGAUGAUGGAAUCGUCGACUGAUAGCUACAGCAAGUCCGUGGAUGAAGUGAGUCAGUUGCUUGGGACGAAUCCUGACUUGGGGCUUUUGGACGCGAACGCAGCGGAAUUGUUGAAACAUGGUCGCAACGAGCUCAAGGGACAAGGGGGAGUAAACCCAUGGAAGAUUUUGUUGGGGCAAGUCGCCAAUGGGCUGACGGCCGUGCUGGGAAUUGCCAUGGUGGUGUCGUUCGCAGUGAGAGACUACGCUGAGGGAGGUGUGCUCGUGCUGGUGAUUGCGUUCAAUACCACGGUGGGGUUCUUCCAGGAGUACCGCGCGGAGAAAACCAUGGAUGCGUUGCGGAAGAUGGCGUCGCCAUCCGCGAGGGUCAUUCGAGAGGGUGGCCAACACCGGAUCUCCAGUGGGGAAGUGGUUCCCGGGGAUAUACUGAUUGUCGAGGUCGGUGACAUCGUUCCUGCAGAUUGUCGACUGGUGGAGGUUCUGAAUCUCGAAAUCGACGAGGCAUUGCUUACUGGAGAAGCAGUUCCGUCUUUGAAGACCGUGGAACCGAUUGCGGGCAAGGAUGUCUCCAUUGGUGAUCGCACCAACAUGAUGUACUCCAGUACCACGGUGGUGAAAGGGAGAGGGCGCGGGAUAGUCGUCUCCACGGGGAUGUCCACCGAAAUUGGGAAGAUUUCCUCUGCUAUCAACGAGACAGCCACGACGUCGACUCCCAUGCAGAAAAAGCUCAACCUGAUGGCGUACGUGCUGCUGGGAGUCGCGCUCAUUUUCGCACUGAUUGUGUUCGCUGUGAACAGGUUUCAGUUCGACACGGAGAUUGUCAUCUACGCUAUUGCCCUGUCGAUUGCCGUCAUCCCUGAGGGGUUGAUUGCAGUCAUGACAAUUGUGCAAGCUCUGGGCGUCCGACGGAUGGCGAAGCAGCACGCAUUGGUGCGAAAGCUGGUUGCUUUGGAAUCCCUACAAGCCGUGACUAACAUCUGCUCGGACAAGACUGGCACAUUAACGCAAGGAAAGAUGGUGGUCACGAAUAUUUGGCUUCCGGAGCAGAACACCGAGUACGUCGUCGGAGGUCAGGGGUAUGAGACUGUAGGGGAGCUCUCUGCGCCAGAGGGUAGGCCUAUCGACAGAGAGGUGGCGCUGAAGGAUAUGAAUUUCAGAACGCUUGUAGAGUGCUGCGCAUUGUGCAACACGGCGAACAUAGUAGAGGCUUCGGAGGGGAAAGUGUGGGGAGAUCCUACUGAGAUUGCUCUCCAAGUUUUCGCGUACAAAAUGCAGAUGGGGAAGCCCAUGCUGCGGAAGCUCAAGGAACCAAUUGAAGAGUUUCCCUUCAGCUCCGACACCAAGCGGAUGAGCAUGGUGUGCCAGGGCCCAUCGAAAGAGGUGCAAGAUGUCUACACCAAAGGCGCUGAAGUUGUGUUGUCAAUUUGUGACAAUGUGAUGGACCGGACGGGAGACCUGAGGGAGAUUUCUGAGAAUGACGAAUUGAUGAAUCUUGUGUCAGUGCAGCAAGAGGAGAUGGCGAAACAAGGACUGAGGGUUUUGGUGAUAGCAUACAGACAAACCUCUGAGCGAGCCUUGGGCAAACCAGUCUCCAGGUGGGAGCGCGAGGAAGUGGAGAGAAACUUGACUUUCCUGGGGUUGGUAGGGAUUAGGGAUACUCCUCGAUUUGAGUCCGAGGUAUCCGUGCGCCAGUGUCACCAAGCCGGAAUUACGGUGCACAUGCUCACGGGAGAUCACAAAGCCACAGCUCUGUCCAUUGCCAAGGACGUGGGCAUCUUGGAGCCACUGUCUGCAUCUCGAAGAUCUGCUUCGAAGCGGCUGAACAAGAAACGUGACUCCCAUGUGGUGCCUAUGUCCUCACUCGUCAUGACUGCAACGGAGUUCGACGCGUUGUCGGAGCAGGAAGUAGACGCACUAGAUGAGCUUCCCCUGGUGAUUGCGAGAUGCACGCCCUCUACGAAGGUGAGAAUGAUCGACGCGCUGCACAGGAGGAAGAAGUUUGCAGCCAUGACGGGCGACGGAGUAAAUGAUGCGCCGAGUUUGAAGAAAUCUGACGUAGGGAUAGCCAUGGGAGCUGGUAGCGACGUGGCCAAGACGAGCAGCGACAUUGUGCUCACAGACAACAACUUCGCAACAAUCGUGCAAGCCGUCGCGGAAGGUCGACGAAUUUUCUCCAACAUCAAGAAGUUUGUCUUGCAUUUGUUGAGCACCAACGUUGGUCAGGUCAUUGUGCUUCUCGUUGGGCUGGCAUUUAAGGACGUCUCUGGUACACCCGUGUUUCCUCUCUCUCCUGUGCAGAUCCUUUUCCUGAAUCUCGUCACGGGCACACCACCAGCCAUGGCCUUGGGAAUUGAGGCAGCCUCCUCUACAGUCAUGCAAGUUCCGCCCCACUUGAAAGGGCUCUUCACGAUAGAGCUCAUUGCGGACAUUAUAAUCUACGGUACCUUCAUCGGCAUCCUCGCCCUCACAAACUGGGUGCUCGUCAUCUACGCAUUCGGCAAUGGCAAUCUCGCCACUCAGUGCAACAAGGCAUCCAACCUAGGACCAUGCGACACCGUCUUCCGCGCUCGGUCCGCCGUGCAAAUGGCCUUCACAUGGAUGAUCCUCUUCCACGCUUUCAACUGCCGACACCUGCGUGCGAGUCUGUUCACAACCGAAGGAGGCGGCCGCUCCCGCUUCUUUAGCAACAAGCUGAUGUUGGAAGCGGUGUUCAUUGGCGCUGUGAUGCCAAUUCCCACCUUGUACAUCCCGUAUCUGAACACCGACAUCUUCAAGCAGGGAGGCUUGACGUGGGAGUGGGUUCUCGUUGCCGCCUCCGUGGUAGUGUUCUUCUUGCUGUCUGAGUUCUACAAGCUGCUCAAGAGGCGCUUCAUCACCACCCCUUACAACAUGUAGACUACGAUCCAACUCUAAACUGUUAUUUCAAGCUUUACGUCAUAGUCCUGAUCGGUUGUCUUGCUGCCAAAGGGAGCCAAUCCUUCCGGUGGCGCUGUACAUAACAAGGAAUCGACCGCAGUGAGAUUGUUAUAACGCAGGUGUUGGGAGCUUGAAAAUGAACUGUAAUGAACAGUUGUACUAGUAUUUUGCAAAAAUAAUAUAGAACACCACUUCUUCCGAUUCCUCUGCAACCUGGCUCUUCCCGGAGAGCUGCUUCGUUGCACCAUCGACAUCAAACUCUGCCUAAUUGUUCAUUUCUCUGUCUGUUUGGUUUAGUUUGACAGCAAUCAAUGUCGAAAACCAAUCAACAUAUCGCAGCAGAGUUAGCUUUUCAUUAGUUGCAUGAACAUGAAAACUAGUUGUAAAAACAGAUUUUGAUUUUAAUAUGAGUUCGACGAGGGUGAAAAAUCUGUCAUUUUCAGUUGCAGUGUGCGUCUCAGAAAUAGAAUGAUAUCGCAUUUUGGGUUCCUAUAUCAUGUAGUGUUUGAGUUAAUAUCCACUUAGGUGAUGGACAAAAAGCUAGCAUGCUGGAAAGAUGAAAAACAUCAUCUGAUUGUUGUAUCUAUUCUAAUAUCUUGAAAACAUUAGCUUGCAUUAUUUUAA